GCUAAAGGAGUGUCAGUAGCAUCAAACAUGCAAGCAGAAAAGACUACGCUGUUAGCAGCCGUUGAGAAACUUCGUGAAUUGGACCGUAAGUUUAAAAGUGGUUCUGAUCUGGAUGCUGUAGAGAAGGGAUACGCACGCAAGUUAAUUGACGCCAUCGGUAGUGAUGAUGAAGUCUUGGAGUGUGAGGCAUUGAAAGGUUUAGGGGAUUUGUACUUACACAAAGCAAAGGUAUAUAAACAUAAGGUAGACAACUUCAACAAGGCAUGUGCGUUGUACACAAAACUCUUACAACAUUGUUCAGAUGACGAGAAGAAACAAGUUGCACAGCAUCGUAUCAAAUAUGCUGAGAAAUGUACGAAGCUAGCGUACAGCCAGUCACAUGCACAAUCAGAGAUUGGAACUUCUGAGAUUGGAACAAAUAUCACAUUAGAUGUGGCAAAAACUCUGAUGCCAGUGAGAGGACCAAGGGACAAAGGGAAGUCCCAGAUAAAAGGUCAUGGAGAAAUGCUUGAAAGUUAUAUAAAUUUCUUUGCCAAAGCCAUCGUGGACAGACAUAGAUGUCUGCAAAUAGAAUCUUUGAAGAGCCUUGGAGAUCUGUACCUAGAGAAGGGAAAGGUUGGCAAGGACGAGACAGCAUUCAAAAAAGCAACCGGGCUGUACCAAAGGGCGUUGAAACGGUGUGACGACAUAGAUGGUAGGGCAACCCUGGAGCACCGCAUCAAGUAUGCUGCGAAAGUACAAGCAGGAAAGAAGCGACAAAGAUCGAAAUCGGGGCUAUCUAAGGCCAGAAAAGUUGGAAGCGACACCAGAUCUGUGUCUCUUCUCACUUCGCGUCUGUCAGCUCUUGGCAUCAAUAGUCAGAGGAACGAGGAAAGAGGGGAUGCAGGAGAGAGCAACACCGUACUCGCAAACGUCAGUAACAAAUCACAGGAAGACACUGAUAGUUUAUACAAGAAACAUCUACAAGAGGGUUGCAGGGCCUUGCAGGCAAGGGACCUGGAAUUGGCAGAAAAAAACUUUGCAGCUGCACUCAAGUCAGUCCAUGUGAAAGAGUCAAGUACAGAUCAACACUGGAAAGAAGCAGAGCCCCUUCACAGGUUGAGCAAUGUCUACCUGAUCAGAGGAAUGCAGUCGAAGGACGGGGGAGACUUCACCAAAGCAGCAGCACUGAGUCAUGCCGCACUUGUAAGAUCGCGGGGAGAACAUGAUGAGUCUAUCAGACAAACAAUCUUGGAGAUAAAUCAGUCAUUCGUUAGUCACGUGCUGGGUUUGGAACAAACUGUAGACCUUGGUGACGCAGAGAAACACAAACUGCAGUUGAGAGAACAUCGAGACUACGUAGAAAAAGAAAUAAAAAAGAUGGACGAAGAAGCAGAUCCUUAUAUCCUUCAUGACGACGACCCAAAAAUCACAGAAGUGGAGAAGCAGAGAGUGGAAGCAGUUAAAGCAUUGUUUGAUGCAAUUGCCCACGAGAGAAAAACAUUCAUCACUAGUCUCGUAGAUGAGUGUAUGGGAGUAAUGGGUCCCCCUCCCUGCAAGUACGCUAUGAUUGGCCUGGGUUCGCAAGCCACAGGGCUAGUAACCCCGUAUUCUGACCUGGAAUUUGCCAUUUUGAUAGAGGAUGAAACAGAUAAUAACGUCAAGUAUUUCCGCCAUCUCACUCAUUAUCUACAUUUGAAAGUGAUCAAUCUGGGUGAAACCAUUCUUCCGCCUAUAGGAAUUAAGUCUUUGAACGAUUUCUUCUCAGACAACGAUCUGGACAACUGGUUCUAUGACUCUGUAACACCACGUGGGUUUGCCUUCGAUGGAGCCAUGCCACAUGCCUGCAAGACACCCCUUGGCAGGGGUACAAAAGAACUUAUCCAAACACCAAGCAAGAUGACCAAUGUCUUGCAAGACGACCUCACGUUUCAUCUAAAGAAAGGCUACCAUCUUGCUAGUGUAUUGGGGAAUGUGUGUUUGAUCACGGGAGAGCAAGACUUGGUCGAUGAGUAUAACGCUUUAUGGACCCGACAGCUUCAAGAAAAUAGUGGGAUAAAGUCUUCGCUGCUAGCAAAAUCUGUACUUAGUGAAAAUGCGCCAAUGUUCCAAGUUCAGCCUCUGACCGCCAGUAUGCUGAAUGUCAAGAAAGAAAUCUAUAGAUUUGCGAGUCUUGCAGUGUCAUGUUGGGCGCUGCUUGAAGGUAUUCAGCCAACUACAGCCUUUGAGACCAUUCAGAAUCUGAACAAGAAUGGAGUAAUCAACCAUGAAAACACACAUCACAUGAUGGUGAUGAUUGGCGUCUCAGCAGAACUGAGGCUGCGGACAUACAUGGGCAAUCGUAGCCAAGUCGAAAACAUGUCAACUUUAUCGUCAAUGUCGAGCAAAGCAGACGUUACGGAGAAUCUACAGAAGGUGUUCUACUUCUCAAAUGCAAAACAGCUCAUGCGAUAUUACUACACAGCAAGACCGCUAAAGCACUUUUUGUCACAGUUUGACGACAGUCGGCAGCCGACACUCCUAUUUGACAAUUCUUCCAGGCUACAAGCAGAGGUGUACAGAAGUCUGUGUAAUUACGAGAAAUCAAGAGAAUGCAAUGAGCAGGCGCUGCAGGACGAUUUAUCCAAAUAUGGUAACGCUGCACAUCCAAACAUUGCCCAUUCCCUUAACAGCUUGGGUGGCGCCUGGAGUGACCUUGGUGACAAAAAGAAGGCCAUCGGCUAUUUUGAGCAGGCACUAGAUAUGAGACGGAGUAUCUAUGGUGAAAGCACCGCACAUGCUGACAUUGUCGUGUCACUUACUAACUUGGGUAACGCAUGGAUUGAACUAGGGGAUCAAGAGAAUGCAAAUAGUUAUUAUGAACAGGCAUUACACAUGGCGCUGAGCAUCCAUGGUGAGAACACUGCGCAUCCCAACAUUGCCGGGUUGUUGAACUGCAUGGGGGGUUUAUGGAAGAGCCUCGGUGAUUAUCAUAAGGCCGUCAACUAUUUCGAACAGUCCCUGCAGAUGAACCAAGAUAUCUAUCGUGAGAACACUGCGCAUCCCGAAAUUGCUGCGCCACUUCACAACUUGGGUAACCUCUGGAGAAGGUUAGGAGAUUACCGAAAAGCCGUCAGCUACUAUGAGCAGUCGCUUAUGAUGGAGCGAAGAAUCUACGGUGCCAACACUGCACAUUCCAAUAUAGCCAAGACACUACACGACCUGGGUAACGUCUGGAGAAACCUUGGUGAUCCCAUGAGGGCCAUUGGAGAUCAAACAAAAGCUAUCAGCUAUUACGAACAAUCACUGCAUAUGAUGCGGGAAAUCCAUGGUGAGAACACUGCUCACUGUGACGUUGCUGCCGUGCUCAACGAGUUGGGAGAAGCAUGGAGAGAGUUUCGUGAUUACCGAAAGGCCGUCAACUAUUCGGAACAGUCACUACAGAUGAUGCAGAGGCCUCAGCUAUUUGGAACAGGCAAAGCAGAUGGAGCAGACGUUCCAAAAGGAGAACUGAAUGCCUCCUAA